AUGGUGGCCGCGGUCGAUGCCGAGGAGGACCGCUACCGACGUGCCGCCGAGCGCCGCCGCAUCCCUCCCGUCCCCGACCUCCGUUUCGAAUACAGCUACACGAGGAGCGUCGCGCCUUACGUCAAGCUUGACUAUCCGUCCCCCUCUGCUACGGAGCGAUCGAAAGGGAAGGAGAAGGCUACGGACACGGUGGAAGGGGCGGGAGAGGCAGCGGCAACGGUUGGGACGGAGGUUGUGCAGGUGCAGUGGGGCAACGUGCUUUGGGUUACGAUGAGGGACCAGGUGAUCAGUCCGUUGGCGCAGGGAGCGUUAUGGGGCGUCGCAGGCCAUUUCUUGACACCGCUCGGUGCAUCUAUAGGAGCACGUGUUCGCUCCUGGUGGUCGCGCGGAGGAAUUGCAGGGAAAGGUGCCUCCAUGCCGGAGGGGAAUAUGUCGCAGUAUCUAAGAGGGUCACUUGGCAAAGUGCUGACACCCACACCAGCAGCCAACUAUACACGGUGA